UUCGCACUAUAACUCCAUCUAUAGAUCACCACUCAUAUCACCGUCAACAAAAAAAGAAAAGAAAGGCAAAAAAAAAAGAAAACGCAAGCAAUGCUAUCUUCUCAAAAGACCUCAGUCUGUUCGAGAGCGCAGCAGGAUGGAUUUAAUCUUCUCCAGGUUCUUGGUAUACUUUUACUUCGGGUUCCAAAUCGUCCUCCAUACCUAUAUCGACCCCGGUCACCCCCAUCCCCAGCCCUGCCACAUCCUGGCGCGGAUAGGGCACACUGUGCGUUUGGGUGCGCUGCUACCUACCGGUCAGCCGGCCCGGGUGCUAACUGCUCUCAACCGCGCCCUGGCCAGCCUGUCUCAAAGUCGGGACAACUUCCUCCCUUACAACCUGAGCCUCGAGGUGUUGCCGCGGGAGCCUCACGACGGAGACCCGGAGUCCCUCUUCAGGUGCGUCUGCCAAGCUAUCGUUGUGCAGGGGGUCUCCGCGGUGCUCGCCUUCCCCCAGACCCCGGACGAGCUGAUCCAAGUGGAAUUUAUGUCUUCUGUUUUGGAAAUCCCCUUCGUUAGCAUCAUGGAGCAGGGCGAGCCCCUGAAAACCCGGAACCCGUUCCACCUGCAGAUGCUGACCCGGAGCCCCCCCUCCGCCCUGGCGGAGCUGCUGCUGACGGUGCUGCAGACCAGCGGCUGGCAGGAGGGCACCACGGUCCUGUGCCGCGGCUGGGAGCAGACGGGCGUGCUGGAGGUGCUGCAGCUGCAGAGCCGGCCGGGGGCCCGCUGGCACCUGCGGGCGGCGCUCAACCUGACGGGCACCGCGGAGGAGGAGGAGGGCGCGGUGGCGCACUUCCUGUCCCUGCACUUCCGCCAAACCAAGCCCCCCCCGGCCUCGGUGCUGCUGUUCGGCGCCGACCCCCAGUGCGCCGCCACGGUCCUCAGCAGUGCUCAGGACCUCGGGCUGACCCUGCCCACCGUACACUGGCUCCUGGGGUACCCGCUGAGCCCCGACGCCCUCCACACCAUCGGGCUGCCCCUCGGCCUGCUGGCCUACGGGGAGGUUGACCGGAAACCGCUGGACUUCUACAUUAUCGAUGCCUUGGAGCUCAUUGGGAGAGCAGUGUCCGCCGCCACGAGACUCCGCCCAGAGCUUGCCCUCAUCCAGGACAUGGUCAACUGCUAUGACAAGACUGGGAAAAAGGGGUCACUCUCCUCGGGCCAGUACUUAUCCAGGUUCCUGGCUAACACCUCCUUCAGCGGGCUGACGGGCCCCGUGAAGGUGCUGUCCAACGCCUCCCUGAUCCUCCCCUUCCAUCGAUUCCACAUCUGGAGCCUGCGGCGGGACGCUCUCGGGCACCCUGCCUGGGUGACGGUGGGCAGCUGGCAGGGCGGGCGCCUGGAGGUGGAGGAGCAGGGCCUGUGGCACGGGCAGUCGCCACGCCCCCAAACGGAGGCGUCGGGAGGGAGGAGAGGGGGGCGCUGGGACGGGGGGUUGCUGGGGAAGGGGAGCCGGCUGCGGGUGGUGACGCUGGUGGAGCACCCCUUUGUCUUCACCCGGGACGUGGACGAGGACGGGAGCUGCCCGGCCGGCCAGUUCUGUCUGAAUCCCCGGACCAACAGCUCGGACACUCUGGACCGUCUCUUUCGGGAGCUCGGGCAGGGGAACAGCACCUUCUUGCCCGCGGAUUUCCGCAAGUGCUGCUACGGAUACUGCAUUGACCUGUUGGAGAAGCUGGCCGAGGACCUGCACUUCGAGUUUGACCUCUACAUCGUGGGCGACGGAAAAUACGGGGCCUGGAAGAACGGGCGCUGGACCGGGCUCGUGGGAGACCUCCUGAGCGGGGCGGCGGACAUGGCCGUCACGAGUUUCAGUAUCAACUCGGCCCGCAGCAAAGUGAUGGACUUCACCAGCCCCUUCUUCUCCACCAGCUUGGGCAUCCUGGUGAGGAGCAAGGACACCGCUGCCCCCAUCGGUGCGUUCAUGUGGCCCCUGCACUGGUCCAUGUGGGUGGGCAUCUUCGUGUCCCUGCAUGUCACCGCCCUCUUCCUCACCCUCUACGAGUGGAAGAGCCCCUUCGGUAUGACCCCGCACGGACGCAACCGCAUGAAGGUCUUCUCCUACUCCUCUGCCCUCAACCUGUGCUAUGCCAUCCUCUUCGGGCGCACUGUCUCAAGCAAGACGCCCAAGUGCUGGACAGGCCGUUUCCUCAUGAACCUGUGGGCCAUCUUCUGCCUGCUGGUGCUCUCCAGCUACACUGCCAACCUGGCAGCUGUCAUGGUGGGCGAGAAGACCUUCGAAGAGCUCUCGGGCAUCCAUGAUGCCAAGCUUCACCACCCCUCCCGCGGGUUCCGCUUCGGCACGGUGCGGGAGAGCAGCGCCGAAGACUACAUGAAGAAGAGUUUUCCCGAGAUGCACGAGUACAUGAGGCGGUUCAACGAGCCCACCACUCCGGAUGGUGUGGCCACGCUCAAGACAGAUCCUCCUCAGCUUGAUGCCUUCAUCAUGGACAAGGCCCUGCUGGACUAUGAGGUGUCCAUUGACGCAGACUGCAAACUGCUGACUGUGGGAAAACCUUUCGCCAUUGAAGGUUAUGGAAUCGGCCUGCCCCAGAACUCGCCGCUAACUUCCAACGUGUCAGAGUUCAUCAGCCGCUACAAGUCGGAUGGCUUCAUGGACAUGCUGCACGACAAGUGGUACAAGGUGGUUCCCUGUGGGAAGAGGGUCUUCGCCGUCACAGAGACGCUGCAGAUGGGGAUCCACCACUUCUCAGGGCUGUUUGUGCUGCUCAGCGUGGGGGUGGGCGGAGCUCUCCUCACCCUGGUGGGAGAACACGCCUUCUACCGCCUCAUCCUGCCUCACAUCCGCCGGAGACAGAAGUUCAAGUACUGGCUGCACACCAGUCAGAAAAUUCACCGAGCUUUAAACAUGACCUACGAAGAUGUAAAAAGGCAAAGGGCGACUGCAGAAAAAAGGUGCAAUCUUCAGAAACUGCUGCCCCAGCAGCCGGCUCCAGCCCCCCCACCCGCUCCAGCCAAGUGGAACAACGAGUGCCGGGAGGGUUCCAGGGAAGUUAAGGACAACAAGCGAGUCCAUUUCAACUUGGAGACCCUCAACACCCGCGGGCUCCUAGCACGUGCAGGGGCUGGGGAAAGAGGAGGAGGAGGAGGAGGAGGAGGAGGAGGUGAAUCAGUGGUCCAGGUGUGUGAGAACGGGGGUCCGGCCUUACCCCCACCUUCCUCAUCCUCAUCCUCACCCGCCAGGGCUAGUGAGCUCCAGGAGCUGCAGGAGCGCAUCGAGGAGAUCCGCGGACAGCUGCGGGUGGCCCUGGCGAGGAGGGCCGAGCUGCAGACCUCCCUGGCCAAAGAAAAGGCCUGCCCGAGACCUGAACCCGAGGUCACCAGCACCUCACCAUCUAAAGACACAAAUGCGAAGAGGUGAUCUCUGCACCACAGGGAGGGGGAGGGCAGCGCGGGCUGGUCACCCUGAGGUGGAACAUCCAGGAAGCUACUAGAAAAGACUGCUGUAGUAGAUCUACAAAGGAGGAACUUGACACACUCUCAUAUGAGAGCUUGACUCCACUGUUCUUUUCCUAGACUGGGUUCUCACUGCUUAUUUUCAGGGCUGCACUGCAAUUCGUUAUUUCCAAUUCCUCCAGCAACCUGACAGUACAAGAUUGCAUCACGCUUUUAAGCCAGGUUUGGACUGUUUUUGAUCUGCUCUAGUACUGGAGCUAUAAGCCUAGAUGCCAGGAGGAGUUAUGAAGAAUGCAAAAUUCUAAAAACAAAAACUCAAUCCUGGAUGGUGAUAAGCAGCUGGAAUCCUUGUAAUACAGAACUUCAAGAUAAUGUUAAUUAUUUUUAGGUGGAACUGACGCAAAUCUCUAUAACUCAUCAGAAGACAUGGACUUAAAAUGGUUGAAUGAUCCCAAUCUAAGGAGCAAUGAGACAAUCAGUUUGUCAAGCAAAAACUUUUUAAGAUGGAAAAUAAUGCAAAUAAUAGCCGGACUUGGGAGGAAGACUUGUUUAGACCUGGAUGUUGGAAAGUCAGAUUUUGUAACUUCUUUCUAUGGAAUUUUCAUUGUUCUUUUAUUUCUGUAUCCUUACUCGAGAUCGUACUCCAACCUAGACUUUUCAAAUGAAUUCUAUCAGACAUGAACCGGGAAACUAUGAUCUUUAAAGUGUAUUUAAACCCUACUUUGAUUACUUUACACUCAACUUUAUUCAUAAUGAGCAUUAAAAUCUAUGAGAUUUUAAUUAUA